AACAGACGUUUUUAAAUUCUCAGUAUUUUUAUCUUUUUUUUUUAUUAUUCAUAAUUUCUGCGUUCGUUGAAAUAUUAAGUAUAAGUUUAUUACAUUUUUGACAUUAUUUACAUCGACUUUGUCGAGAAAAAAUAUAUCUAGAGAUAACGAAAAAACAUAUGUACACUCGGUUCUCAGUUGACCAGACUUUAAGAUGUUCAUUUUACUGUGCUUGUUUUUUUUUCUAAGUAUCGCUGCUGAAAAAAAUAAUUUUAUUCGUCCAAUUAAUAAUAAUACACGUUUAAAAAUAAUUAAUGGACAUCCAAUAAAUAUUGAACUUCGACCAUUUAUGGUUUCACUUCACUGCAGAAAUUUUUUUAUAUGCGGUGGAAGCAUCAUAUCCUCAUCUUGGGUAUUAACUGCUCAACACUGCAUUAAUCCACAAGAACCAUUACAUCAUUACUAUAUUCGUGCAGGGUCUGUGUAUUAUUACCAAGGGCAAAUUUAUUAUUUGUCUAGGAUUGAAAUGAUAAAUACCGAAAACGAGUCUGCGAAUAACGGCUCAUCAGUGGUUGAUUAUUUACCAAAGCAUGACAUAGUAUUAUUAAAAAUGACUCGAAAAUUUAAAUAUUCUUCAACGAUAAAACCAGCUAAAUUGCCAAUUAAUGAUGAAAUUCCCCAUUAUCUUUGGGCUUCUGGAUGGGGCUUAACUGAAUCAAACGAACCAUCAACGAAAUUACGAAUAGUUGGGUUAACAAAGAUACCUUAUAAUGCUUGUUUCAAUAUAUCUAGUUAUUCUAGGGUAUUACUGAAUGACCAUCAUAUAUGCUUUGGUAGUGGAGGUUAUGAUUCUUGCUCGGGAGAUUCAGGAGGGCCUUUAGCAAAUUAUGAUACAAUAUAUGGCAUAGUUUCAUUCGGAAUAACCAAGUGUGGAUUUGGUCCUGGAGUCUAUGAAAAAGUUUCUUUUUAUUCUGAUUGGAUAAACUAUAUAAUUAAUACAUAAUACAUUCUACAGUGAAUUAAUAUUAUGGUAUCAUGCAUUAUUAUAAUCUGUACUUAUGAAUUAAAAUGGUUUUUGGCUUGGAACACUUAUAACUGAGGCUCUGAAGUUAGUGCUUAUAACAAUUCUUGGAAGAUAUUUUAAACGGUUUUUCAUAUAUUUUACCAUGUAUCUAAAACACCAAUUCUUUGGUCCUACUUAUAAUUUAAGAACUUGUAAACUGUCAAAAAUGCAAUUUUCACCAGUCGAUGCAGCGUUAUUCGAAAAUAAGUUAUGAUAUUUAUUACAUUUCAUUCACCCUGGCUGAUCGGAAUUACGGCCAAUUACCGUAAUAUAUCGCAUUUUGCAGUAACUUACCGGAAAAUACGGUAUUUCCACAGCGAAUUUACCGCAUUUAGUAGUAAUUUACGGUAUUAGGCGAUAAUUUACGGCUUUUGCGGUAAAUUACUGUAAAAUACCGCAAUUCAUCGUAAUUUAUGGCAUUUUUACCGUAAGCACUGUAUACUUUUUUAUUUUUACAGUUUUUACAAUGCUUUACUUUACGGUAAAAUACCGCAAUUUCCGGUAAAAAACCGUAAUAGUUGCAAAUACCGUAUAUUACGAUAAAUGACUGUAAAUUAUAGUAAUUAUCGUAAUUUUUCCGAAUACCGUAAAUUACCGUAAUUCGAAUCCGCCAGGGCACUCACUUUUUAUUGUUUUUUUUUAAAUUUACUUUUUAAAAUACCUGCGUCAAAAAUUUACAUUUCUGCCCUGUUAAGUGGAAAAAAUAGGAUAUAUUGUGAGCCUCUAAAUAUUUGUGUAAUUCUACUAACGGACCGAAAAAAAUAAUAUGAGUUCAAAUAAAAAAAAAUGUUAAGUGAGUAUAAAUUCAUCGUACUUUUUAUUAAAUUAUUUGAAUGUACAUAAAUAAAAUACAGGAUGAAUUAU